GUUCAAGUUCUGGGCAGAUGUGCUAUGAGCAUUUGUUUUUCGCAUUAUGUGGUGGGGAUAGGAAAUUGCGUCUGUCUUUUGCACAGUUACCGCCAUCCUCUGUCCGCCAUCGGUGAAGCAACUGCCAGAAUCUCACCGGUUUUCGAUAAAAUAACAUGUCUAACGAAGAACCAGUAGGAGAAAAUCCUGACGAAUUUGUCGAGGAGGAAGAAACAGAUCCAGAAGCAGCAAACAGAAUCACAAUGGAAUUCCCCAACAUCUUUUCAUCAUACAACAGUCACCAACAACACCUAGAAAUGAUGGCGAAUCUCCCACCAGUCGUUAAAAAACGCGUCAAGGCACUCAAAAAGCUUCAGUUUGAUUUGACCAAACUGGAAGCUCAGUUCUUUAAGGAGGUCCAUGCUCUCGAAUGCAAGUAUCAUGCACUUCAUGUUCCCCUGUUUGAGAAACGCGCCACCAUUGUCAAGGGUGAAUAUGAACCUACUGAGGAGGAAUCUGAGUGGCCCUCUGAUGAUGAGGUGGAACUGGCAGAGCAUUUGAAGGAUAAAGUCAAGCUGGAGGAAAACAAGGAUGUGAAAGGCAUUCCAGAUUUCUGGCUCACCAUAUUCAAGAAUGUUGGAAUUUUGAGGGAGAUGGUUCAGCCACAUGAUGAACCAAUCUUGAAGUAUUUGAAGGACAUUAAACUGAUUGUCAAUGAUGAACCUAUGGGCUUUGUGCUUCAAUUCUACUUCGAACCCAAUGAAUACUUCACAGACACUGUCCUCACUAAAGAAUACUUGAUGAAAUGCGUGGCAGAGGAGGACGACCCGUUCAAUUUCGAAGGACCGGAGAUCUACAAAUGCACUGGCUGCACAAUUAAUUGGUGCAAGGGCAAGAAUGUGACUGUCAAGACGGUUCGCAAGAAACAGAAGCACAAAAGCCGCGGUGUAGUCCGCACCGUCACCAAGACCGUGCAGAACGAUUCGUUCUUCAAUUUCUUCUCACCGCCGGCGGUGCCCGAAACUUCCGUCAAGGAGGAAGAUAUCGAUGAAGAUUUGAGGAAUUUGCUUACUAGUGAUUUCGAAAUUGGUCACUAUAUUAGAGAACGCAUUAUUCCGAGAGCUGUGCUUUACUUCACUGGUGAAGGAGUUGAAGAUGAGGAGGACUUUGAUGAAGAAGAAGAUGAAGAGGACGAUGAGGAAGAAGAGGAUGAAGAUGCUGACUCUGAUAAGGAGACAUCAAAGAAUCCUAAAGAUCAAAACUGCAAGCAACAGUAAUGUUAUUUACAACUUUUAAUCAUUUAGUUUUUUACAAACUUUGUUUACGUUGUUCAUUAGUCCUUCCACUGUUGUCUUUUAUCAUAAAUUAUUAUAUUUUGUACUUUUGAACUAAGUGAAAUAGACUGGAAUCUUUUGCUUUUUGUAAUGAGAUUUAAUUUAAUUCAAUAGACUCAAUGUGAUAGAGCUUUUAAUAAAUUAAUAUUUCUUAUA